GCUACGGUUAAGUUCGUAAUAAUCUUGUCUGCUCACCCUAUUAGACCACAACAGUGAAGUUUACACAUUAUGCCUUUGAUUGUGGACACCUAAUUAAAACUUCCGUCGUUUCAAAUUUAUGCUUUGAAGAUAUUCGAACAUUGCUUAUUUGUCGGUAUCAUGCCAGUUUCGGUACCACCAGCUACGACUUCCUCAAUGUUAGAAAAGCUGAAGAACAACUUGCAACUCUACUAUAGUUUUUACCUGGAGGUGGUGGACUAAAUUGAAGAAGUGGGUAUGAGGAAAUAAAGGCAUGUAUUAGCUGUAUCUAUGUAAAUGGCAACCAAAUUUGCCCGAGUACCGUAGUCACACGAUGGCGUUGAAUCAGUACGGCUUAGGCACGCGCUAUACUUGAUCCACUUGAUCUACUUGAUCCACUUCAUCCACUUCGCUACUGGUAAAAUCAGUAAAGCCGUGGCAAGAAUUCGCUCAAAAGCGCCCAGAACCGCCCAAAAGCGCCCAAAGCUCAAAAGAGCCCAAAAGCGCUCAGAAGCGCCCAAAUUUCUCUGGUGUCUCUACACUUUCUCGUGUGAGGAGAGAAGAGAGAGAGGGAGGAGAAGUCAGAGGAGUUUGGGCGCUUUUGGGCGCUUUUGAGCGAAGUCUGACCAGAGCCUAAACUGACCAAUAGCGAAGUGGGUGAAGCGGAUUAAGUGAAUAUCCGCCUCGCCAUUGAUCAGUUUACCGAUCUGACCAAUAGCGAAGUGGAUCAAGUGGAUUAAGUAUGGUGAGUGCCACAAUAGACGAGUGGGCGAUCACUUCAAUCCUUGAAAGGACUCGUUUCACAAUGUUUGUCGCGUCAUUUGUUCUAUGUACUCGCUUCAGUUCCUUUUUGCUAACACUACGUUUCGCUUCAUUUCAUUUUCUUUCACAGAGGAUAGGGUGGUUUUCAUCACCGAAGGCUUGCUGCCUUCACCUCAGUCCCGUUUAGAAGGAUGAUGUCCAUAUUGGAGAAUAGAGAGAUUUUCGGCGCAUCUUCCGAACGCUAUCGCCUCGUAGAUGAGGAUCGCCUGGUGCAGCGCCUGGGCAAUACAAGAACCAUCAGUGCACAUGAAGCUUGCGUGAAUACAUUGCGGUGGAACCGAGGUGGCACCUUGUUAGCAUCCGGAUCUGAUGAUCGCAGAGUCAAAGUAUGGAAUCUUGCUGGCGAAUGUAUUGCAUCGGUUGAAACAGGCCACCAUGCCAAUGUGUUUGCCGUAGAGUUUUUACCCGCAGGGAAUGAUCGCAUUUUAGUAUCAGCAGCUGGCGAUCGGUUAGUGAAAAUGCACGAUCUUGACGGGUAUAGAGAUGAGCCAAUUACAUGGACAACUAAUGGACGAGUAAAGCGUUUAGCAACAGCUCAAGAUGAGCCCUACUUGUUUUGGUCGGCAUCAGAAGAUAGCUACGUCAGAGAGUAUGAUACUCGAACAAAUGAGGACCGCAAGCUUAUCAAUACCGGCGAAAAACGCGUUAAAUCAUUCGCGGUCUGUCAAGGGCGAACUGAAAUGGUAGCAGUGGCGACUGAUGAAGCUCCAGUGCCAAUUUACGAUAGAAGAAAACCGGAUAAACCGUUGCUCACUUGCGUGAAUGCUGACGAUAAAUGCCAUGGUAAUUUUACUUACACCACUCAUGUUUCAUUCGAUGAAAUGGGAACAGAGUGCCUUGUCAAUCAGGGAUGUGGCCCGAUAUAUUUGUUCAAAUUGAAAUCGGAUGAUCGGCCCACAGUUUUACAGAAAAUCAAACGAAUAAUUGAGAAUAAUGAUGAAGUCCCAAUAAAUGGCAAACACACUCUCGCGUUUGCUGAUGCUCGAGAGCAAGCGAAAGAGCUCUUCAGCUCCAAAAAGUUUCCCGAGGCUAUCGACAUCUAUAGCCGUGCGCUUGCUCUUUCACCAAGCGAUUACGAUCGCAGUGUACUGUUAUCAAAUCGUGGCAUGGGAUAUUUGUGUCGCAGAUGGGAAGGCGACUCUUACGCAUGUGUUCGAGACUGUGUGGAGGCGCUUCUUCUAUAUCCGGGUAAUUCGAAAGCGCUGUGGCGCUUGACUCGCUCACUUAUGCUUUUGGAACAGUGGGAUCUUGCCAAGGAGUGCAUAGAUUUAUUCAAACGGAGAUUCCCGAACGAUCGCUCUAUCACACGACUCACUGAUCAGGUGUCCGUGGCUAGAGAUUCAGCACAUGCUCACCAGUCGCACGUCAUGUCUGAUGAUAAAAGCGUAUUAGAUUACAGCGAGAGAUUUUGUGGACAGACAAAUACGCACACUGAUAUAAAGGAAGCGAACUUUUUCGGGUCAAGAAAUCAAUACAUUGUUGCUGGAUCGGAUUGCGGAUCGUUAUUAUUGUGGGAAAGAUGCUCGGGAGUACUUGUUGCUGCCUGGAAUGCUGAUAGUUCUAUUCUUAACAUAGUGCAACCUCAUCCGACACAAUUUAUGCUUGCUACUUCCGGUAUUGAAGAGGUGAUUCGUAUUUGGGAACCCAUGGAAGAGGGCAAAGAAUGUGAAAGACGAAUAUCGGAACCGUGGGCACAUUUUGGGCAGCGCAAUCGGAAUCCCACUGACGAGCGAGACAUAUUCCUACGUCUGAUUGGUUCCCAAAUGAUGCGAAGUCGUGAGGAGCGCCCAGACUGCGUGACAAGCUGAUGCUCUCGAUUAGUUCACUCAUUUCUCAUCAAUAUUUUCGAGAAUUCUUGCUCGUCCCAUGGUAACUCUUCGUAUGCAAGGCAUCGCAAGUUGUAUGUACAUUUCACAAGACAAAAGUAGUGAUAUUGUGGGUAACGCAUAUGCUCUUAUCGGUGUAUCAAAUCUAGUUUUACGUGUUCAAUUCUGGUCUUCAAUAGAAAUUUAAUUACGUAUGAACAUAAAGCGCUUACACUUGUA